CGCCACCUUAUUUCAAACUGCUUUCACCUUAAUCACUCACUUACUCACCACUCCAAACCAAACCAAACCAAAAAUAUCAAUUUACUCUCUCUCUCUCUCUCUCUCUUUUUGUUCUUGUUGUUUUAUCUGAAUCUGAGUGAAACCAACCUAGUAGUAGUAGUAUUAUUAUUAUUAUUAUAACUCACUCACUGUUAUCUCUUCCCAAUGGCCGACAAUCAUUCAAACCCUACACCUCCUCCUCCUCCUGUUACUCCGCCGCCUGCUGAUUCAUCCACCGUACCUGCGGAAUCGGAACCCGUGGUUGCCGAGCUGCUUCAUCCUCCUCCUCUGCCACCAGACGAUGCGGUAGUUCUUGAACGCGGAGACGAAGAAGAUCACCAGCUCAAGAUUCCUCAGAACUUGGGUUCAUUCAAGCAAGAGAGCAACUUACCAUGCGAUCUCUCCGAUUCAGAGACAAAGGCCGUUCAAGACCUCAAGCAGCUCCUCACAGUCACAGAUGAACCUUCCAUCUGGGGUGUUCCUCUGCUCAAGGACGACAGGACCGAUGUCAUUCUUCUCAAAUUCCUCAGAGCCCGCGAGUUCAAAGUCAAAGAUGCGCUUCUCAUGAUCAACAACACGCUCCGCUGGAGGAAGGAUUUCAACAUCGAUGCUCUUUUGGAAGAUGAGGACGACCACCAUCUCGACAAGGUCGUCUUCAUGCAUGGUCAUGACAGGGAGGGUCACCCCGUCUGCUACAAUGUCUAUGGAGAGUUUCAGAAUAAGGAACUCUACAACAAGACCUUCUCAGAUGAACAAAAGAGAACCAGGUUCCUCCGCUGGCGGGUUCAGUUCUUGGAGAGGAGUAUCAGGAAACUCGACUUCACUCCUGGUGGUGUUAACACCAUUGUUCAGGUCAAUGACCUUAAAAAUUCACCUGGCCCUGCUAAACGCGAGCUCCGCCUCGCCACCAAGCAGGCCUUGCAAUUGCUUCAGGACAAUUACCCUGAGUUUGUUGCCAAACAGGUUUUUAUCAAUGUCCCUUGGUGGUAUCUAGCAUUCUAUACCAUGAUCAAUCCCUUCUUGACUCAGAGGACAAAAAGCAAAUUUGUCUUUGCAGGCCCAUCCAAGUCUCCUGAUACACUUUUCAAGUAUAUUUCUCCGGAGCAAGUGCCUAUUCAGUAUGGUGGCCUAAGUGUAGAUUUUUGUGACUGCAAUCCAGAUUUCAGCAUGUCUGAUCCUGUCACGGAAAUUCCAUUAAAGCCCAACACGAAGCAAACUGUGGAAAUUGCCAUUUAUGAGAAAUGCAUUAUUGUCUGGGAGCUGCGUGUGGUGGGCUGGGAGGUUAGCUAUAGUGCUGAAUUCAAGCCUGAUGCUAAAGAUGGAUAUACAGUUAUUAUACAGAAGGCUACGAAGAUGUCCCCUAGUGAUGAACCUGUGGUUUCCAAUCACUUCAAAGUUGCUGAACUGGGCAAGUUAUUGCUCACUGUCGACAAUCCCACCUUGAAAAAGAAGAGGCUUCUUUACAGGUUCAACAUCAAACCUUACUGUGAUUGAGAGAAUAUCUUCUGUCAAGUGAUUUUGGGUACGUGAAGGAAAUUGAUCUUGAAGAUUAAGAAAUAUGCAUGUCAUCAUUUGUUCAGCCCAUCAUUCGUCUUUAGUUUUGGUCGUGAGUGGUUUGCAGAUUGGCUUUCUCCAUCUUUGUUGUAUUUAUUACUUUAUUGCUAGACAAACAUUUUAGCUAGUCUAAAUUGUUCGUUUUUUUCCUAGUGAUGCCAAGGAAGAGAGUAGCCCUUGGAAUUGGAAAUGUAGUUGGUUUAUGAGAUUUUAUAUAUUACCAGAAUUAUGUGUAACCUUAAUGGAAAACAUGUAGAAAGCCUGGUUAAGAGAAGUGUCAAUGUAAAAUAUAUUGUUCUUAAACA